CUUGUAUCGCAGCAGACCGCACACUGACCGACAACCACCAUGGCUGACACUCAACCCAUACAGAACCCUCCCGCAGAACAGCCGGCGGAGGAAGGCGUCGACGCAAAGGGUCCGUCCAAGAGCGAGCUCAAGAAACGCGCAAAGGAGGCAGAGAAGCAAAGAAGGCCGCAGAAAAGGCCGCACGGCAGGCAGAGCUCGACGCCCAAAAGGCCGCCGCGGAGGUGGUACGCAUCCCCGCCUUCUCAGGCCGUCCCAUUUGACAGACACCCCUCCGCUAUGUCCGCACACAGGACUUCGCGACGGAGUUCUACGGCAAGCUCCCCCUGAACAAGUCGCAGGCGCGCCCGCGGCGGCCCCGCGUGCGGAUUGCGGCCCUCACGCCCGACAUGGACGGCACGCAGGUCUUCCUCCGCGCCCGCGUCCAGACGUCGCGUGCCCAGGGCAGCAAGAUGGUCUUCUUCAACCUCCGCCAGCGCAUCGACUCCAUCCAGGCCCUGCUCACCGUCUCGCCCGAGAAGGUGAGCAAGCAGAUGGCCAAGUGGGCCGCGGGUCUCGCUAUGGAGAGCAUCGUGCUGGUGGAGGGCACCGUGAAGAAGACGCCAGAGCCGAUCAAGAGCGCAACGGUGGGAGAUGUUGAGAUCCACAUUUCGCAGAUCCAUCUUGAGUCCGGCCUCGAGACCGUGUUGCCGUUCAGCGUCGAGGAUGCUACACGCCCUGACACUGAAAUCGAGACGACAGAAGACGUGCAAUUCAAAAGGGUGCUCCUGGACACUAGACUGAACAACCGCAUCGUUGACCUAAGAACAACGACCAAUCAAGCUGUCUUCAAGCUGCAACAUGCGAUCGGCGGUCUGUUCCGUGAAUAUCUAGAGAGCAAGAACUUCAUGGAGAUCCACACGCCAAAAUUGCAGGGCGCCGCGACCGAGUCCGGCGCGUCCGUCUUCAAGGUCAGCUACUUCAAAGGCAACGCUUACCUCGCGCAAUCGCCGCAACUGGCGAAGCAGAUGGCCAUCGCGGCCGACUUCGAGCGCGUCUACGAGAUCGGGCCCGUCUUCCGCGCGGAGGACUCGAACACGCACCGGCACAUGACGGAGUUCAUCGGCCUCGAUCUCGAGAUGGCCAUCGACGAGCACUACCACGAGGUGCUCGAGCUCCUCGACGGGCUCUUCCUGCACAUGUUCCGCAGCCUCAAGCAGACGUGCGCGAAGGAGAUCGACACCGUGCGCCGCCAGUUCCCCGCGGACGAGUUCAAGUGGCGCGAGGGCCCCGAGGGCACGCUCCGGCUCAGCUUCGCGGAGGCGGUGGACAUUCUCGUCGCGGACGGCGUGCCGAGGGACACCCUGGACGACAUCAACACGGAAAAUGAGAAGCGGCUCGGGCGGCUCGUGCGUGCCAAGUACGACACGGACUACUUCAUCAUCGACAAGUUCCCGAUGGCGCUCCGCCCGUUCUACACCAUGCCCGACCCGGCCGACCCGACGCUCUCCAACUCGUACGACUUCUUCAUGCGCGGCGAGGAGAUCCUCUCCGGGCGCAGCGCGCUCGGCUGCCCGCCCCAUGGCGGAGGCGGUAUCGGCCUCGAGCGCGUGCUGAUGCUGUUCUUGAAGCUGAACAACAUCCGCCGCGCGUCGCUAUUCCCGCGCGACCCCAAGCGGCUGGAACCGUGA